AUGCGGUGUCCUGGCAAGGAGGAUCCAAUUAGCGCAGCCAAUUAUCACGAAUGCUGUUACCGCUCAGCAGAGUGUGAGCCGAAUGCAUUGGAAUGGGCUAUGAUGAGGCUCUUCCAGAGAGACACUCUUCAGUCGAGGGACUUUGGCGGAAUCGCCAGAGCCAUUAUGCUCAGAGACGGCGAGCUGAAAGCCCUGUCUUGUAAGUUGUGUUUUAUUUCAUCUCGACUUACGAUCGACAUGACUCCUCCUUUGGCGUCUUUCGCUCUACAGCCAUUAACACUUCAAUCCACUACCUUCGACUGUCUUGUCCGAGCCAGAAUGGCGCCUUUAUCAUUUUGGAAUGUCAUCUGUUUUGCGUCGAGCAUAGAGCGACUUUUUACAGGAAAUACGAAACGCCAGGAGCAACAAAUGUUGCAUUUAUGCUCGAUUCACACAAAUUAA